UGUUUGUAAUAAUUAUUCAUUUGAUAUGAUACCUGAUCUUCUUGAGGAUGAGGCCCAGUAUGAGAUCAUAUUGCUUUUUGAAUCUCACACACUUCAUAUGGGGGAAAAAGUCACUUUCCCGGAUUUAUAGUUUUCAUUAUGGAUAUUCUGAACAAAAAAAAUGUCCCACAAAGAUUGAGUGUUGGAAAUGGCAUUGGUUUGAAUUUUAUUCAGACAUUGUCUUCUGAAAAACAUCCCAUUGUUAUUUGGUGACAUUAUUACAGGAAACAAACUGGAAUUUGUUGCUGUUUUUUCUUCAAAUAAUGAACAUUUUUUCACCUUCAAAAAGCCGUUUGAUGUUCAAAGCUCAUACAAUUUUUCAGAAAAAAGUUUGUACAUUAUGUCAUUUACAAUGUUUUAAUUAAACUAUAUAAAUGACUAAGUGACAAAAUAAAUGUUUUUGGAAAAAUAGCUUGUUUAUUGGUUUUAUUGGUUUAUUAUUAUAAUUAAACAUUUUCAGUGUAGAUAGCUUGUCACUUUAGUAGAUGACACUAACACUCCCAAAUAGUUAAGUGUUACUGGUCUAACGUGUCCCUUACUGUUAUAUAACUGUUUUUGUAAGUUAAAGAAGGAACUCUGGCACAGUGGUAAUAUUUAACUAUUUUGAAAGUGUUAAUCUACUCUGGAAAAUGUAUUAUAAACCCUGAAAAAAUGUUGAAGUCAACUCUAUGGGCGUUAAUUCAACUCUGCAGUUUUUGCUGUGAGCAUUUCAUCCUUCAUAAAGAAGGAACACAUCCGUGUUUUUUUCAUAGUACAGGGAUGACACCCUCAGAGAGCACAGAGAGACUCUUUCUGCAGAUUCUUUGGGACUGGUUAAGAGAAUGGACAAGCCUCCUCAGAUCACCAUGUUUUCCAGUUUUGUUCUCUCUCAGCGUUUAUGUGGGCUGCUGCUUUCCUUAUAUUUGUCUGGAUCUGCUCUGCUCCAGACUGGCACUGGUACGUCGCUUCAAGAUCCAGCCUCAAAGCAAAGUGACAUGGGAAGCGGCUUGGAGGUGCUUGUGCAAGAUUUCCCGCAACCACGUCUGUUUUAUUUUCCCCCUCUCUGUUGUGCACUGGUACUGGAAGCCUGUGGUUUCUCCCCCUGUGGCACCUGCAGUGCUAGCUGUUGUUAAAGAUGUACUGGCUUGCUUACUCCUGUUUGACACGCAGUACUUUUUUUGGCAUCUGCUGCAUCACAAAGUGUACUGGCUCUACCGUUUCUUCCACAAGGAGCACCACGUCUACACGGCCACCUUCUCCCUGACGACGGAGGACACAAGUGUCUGGGAGAUGAUGAGCCUCAGUUUCUUCACAACACUGAACCCUGUGCUCCUCGACUGCCAUCCGCUCACUGAGAUGCUCUUCUUCAUCGCUAACAUUUAUCUGUCUGUGGAGGCUCACUCGGGCUAUGAAUUUCCCUGGUCUCCACACAGACUGGUGCCCUUUGGCCUGUACGGAGGAGCUCGGCAUCAUGAUCUCCACCACCUCAAAUUCAAAGUGAACUAUGCGCCGUACUUCACGCACUGGGACAGACUUUUUGGCACACUGCACACACAGAAGAAGUCAAGAAACACAGAGACUUUAAAGAGGAUGUGAU